CAAGUUCGCUCUCGUGUAACCGUCUGCAAACGUCUUAAGCUGAAAUGUGAUCGUCGAGCCCCAUGUGGUUCUUGUACCAAACGCGAUACGGUCGCCAGAUGCAUAUACUCCCCUGCUGCCGCUGAGAAAGUUGACCUUCACUCCCUCAACAACAGACUGAUAGCAGUCGAGUCGCAGCUCGCUCAAAUAUCA